AUGCAAACAAGAAAAAAACUGACCAAACUGUUUACUGAACUAAAGAUAGCUCAACAACGUAUUCAAGAUAAUAACAAUAUAUUAUCACAACUACCGACAAUCAAUGACAUAGAUGAGUACAUCUUUGAACCAAAUCAAGCUAUCAAGAAAGUCAUUCAGGAUGAGAAAUCAUUGGGAACAUUGAGCAGUAAGAAGCUAAAGCAGCCAGCUGAACCAAAGAAUCAAGGUACAGUAGCAAUGAAAUUGUCUACCCAUAGACGAAUUUAUGCUAAAACAUCCUCAGGUGAAAAGAAUUGUUGGAUUUCUGGUAUAGCUGUUUCUCCUCAAAAUCAAUUAUUUGCUGCAGAUUACUACUAUGACUCUUUAAAAAUGAUAGACAUUAUAAAUGGAGAUAUCAAACAAUUACAGCUUGACUCAAAACCCUGGGAUAUUACCAUGGUCACCACAGAUUCCCUUGCUGUUACAUUACCAGACAGUAAAACAAUACAGUUCAUUUCCUUCUCCCCAGACUCACUCUUACUGAAGAACAAACUGAAGGUAGAUGGAGAGUGUUAUGGUAUCAGUCAUCAUCAGAGAAAACUUGCAGUCACAUUUGCAAAUCCUGGUAAACUCCAAAUCAUGUACUUGAAAGAAAAUACUAAAGUUACAGUUGACAAAGAUUCCAACGCUGACAAUAUUUUCAGGAAACCUUGGUAUGUCACAACAAACAGUCAUUCAAUCUAUGUAUCCGAUGAUGGUAAUGAUGUAGUUCUACGAUUCAACUGGCAGGGAGAGAUGGUAGGAUUAGUAGGAAUAAGAAGACCAAGGGGUAUAACACUGUUAGAUGAUGGGUCUCUUUCAGUGAAUGGUUACGCAAGUGAUUGUAUAUAUAGAGUGAGUGGUGACUGUAAAGACAGUAAAAUUAUACUGAAGGAUGUAAAUAGACCUUAUGCCGCAUGUUGGUGUGCUGAAACUAGUUCACUUUGUGUUAGUAGCUUUAUGGAGGACAGUGAUGACAAUUAUAUCAGAGUGUAUAAAAUGAUGUAA